AUGGCGCUGGUGACGAAUGGAAAUUGUGAUAAGCUUGCUUGGCGUGGUGCCGAAUUGCGCGAACAUUUCCGUAUGGUUUGGAAAAAUGAUGGGAACUUGCUGAGGAAGAUGUUUCCUGUGUUCGACUCAGACGAUGAGAAUUAUUGCCCGAUGGAUAUACUGUUUUGUGAGACUGUUCAAGUGCCGCCGACGAAAUAUCGACCAAUUCGAAUUUUCAAAGGCGACAAAUUUGAAAAUCCACAAAGUGUUAAUCUUCGAAAAGUACUGGAAGCUUCGGAAACAAUUCGUGCAAUUUGUCUAGCACUCACCGGAAAUAACGACAAAUCACUUCUUAAGCUGAUAUCUGAACGCGUCUCUGGAAACACGAUGCAGUCGAAAAUGCAUAAUGCAUACCUGACGCUGCAGCAACGCGUAGGAGCGAUAUUUGACCAGGACCUGGAUAAAUCCGUAGAUAUAAGAUUGCGCGUCCCAGGAAUCAAGCAAAUUUUGGAGAAAAAAGAGGUAGGAGCACUUUUGUUUUAUUAG